CUUCUGCGAACCACCACCACGAAGAGCUCGAUAAAUUUCUCUCUCUACUCGUCAUCCCCAAUACUCAACGGUCCACCCCAUUUUCUUUUGAAUUUCAAUUUCCAGUUAUCAAAUUCUGGCUCUCGAUUCGAGGUCCUGUUACGAUGAUCGGCGGUGUCAGCGGAGUAGUGGGAGGGAGAGUUUAUUGGGUGAGAAGUCAGGAUAGUAGUAGUAUUGAAGUGUUGAAAAUCAAAGGAAUUGUUGUGAUUUUCACGUGGAUUUCCUCAAUUACUGAAAGUCAAUUGAAGGAUUUUGUUAGUAUCUACUCUUCUCUUGGAUGGAACUCGCUCGUUUGCCUCUCCGAUUUUCUCAAUCCAUUCAUCCCAGAGAGGGCUACAUCACUGGCAUUUUCUGUACUUAAUGAGCUUGUUAAGGAGCUAAGGAGUAGUAUAUGUCCUGUAGUCCUUGCAGCAUCAUCUGGUGGUUCAAAGGCUUGUAUGUAUAAGUUUUUUCAGAUUAUUGGAGGAUGUUGUGAAGCGGAGCUCAAUCUGGAGGAUAAUAGAUUGGUUAUGCACUGCAUCUCUGGCCAGAUAUAUGACUCUGAUCCCGUUGACUUUAGUAGUGAUUUGGGUGCCCGAUUGGCUUUAAACCACACUAUCCUGAAGAUGCCUGGUUUUGCAAAGCUAGUAUCAUUUUUUGCAAAAGGUGUCACUUCGAGUUUGGAUGCUUUAUUUCUCACAAGGUUUGGAUCCCAACGUGUAGAGUACUGGCAAACUCUUUGUUCUUCAGUUGAUUUGGGGGUCCCUUUUCUGAUUUUAUGCUCAGAAAAUGAUGAUGUGGCUCCAUAUCCUGUUGUAUGCAAAUUUGCUAGACAAUUACGAGAUAUGGGAGGCGAUGUUAACAUGGUGAAACUAAAUACAGGUCAACACAAGCACCAUUCAAUCCAGUACACAACUUCUAUCGCUGAGUUGCUUGAGCAGGCAAUUUCUAAUUUUUCCCACAAAAUUCAGAAACUCGGAGAAAGAACUCCCGUGGAUGAUUUGCAUGAUGAAGUAUCUGACAUAAUUUGUGACCUCCAGAAUGCAGCAGUCGACUCAAAUCAAAGCCUUAGAAGAGUUGCAGUUGGGCCAAACGACCACUUCUUCCUGCCAAGUUCAGCUGGCUAUGUAAACCGCAGAGACUCUGGGUCUGUACCUGAGGAGCGGAAAGAAAGAUCACCAAAUCGGUCACACCCUUGUAUAAAUGCACAUAGUGUUCUUGGCCAAGUAUUAUUUGACGUGUGUGUACCGAAGAACGUUGAAGGUUGGGAUAUUAAAUUUGCCGGUUCCUUGAAUGCAAAGCCACUUGCUUCUGUUCGCAAACGGUUACCAUUUAAUGCCACUAAACAUAGAUCAAGAUUAUAAGAUCUUUCUGGCGAACAACUUUUCGACGUUACAGAGUACCGCCACAUAUAACUAUGUUGGACAUAGGACUGCUGCAGUCGUGAUAUUGGAUGGAAGAUAAUGGCAGGAAAUGACUUUACAAAGAGGAUGUCAUACAUUUGAGAAGCUGAAACCUGAUAUUAUAUGAAAAUCUAUGGCAUUGUGUUGGAACACAUGAAGUAUCUGCUGAUACGAAGCACGAAGAUAACUGAAGGUGAUGCUGUGUAGUUCAAGGUAUAACCACUUUCCAAGAGUUGAUCUAAUUUCUUGUAGUACUCGGUUAUAAUUAUAGUAGAUGUAUAUAUAAUGUAGUUCAAUAGUAGAAAAUAAGCUCAAUGUGAGUGAAGUUGUAAGUAUAAUAAUGGGAAUAUAUCGAGGUUUUUCUAAUGUUCAUGCAUGAACACAAGUUCUUAGUUAA